AUGGUGAUAAAUCCAGCAAGCUUAUUGUUGCGUGGGGUGAAGGGACAGGUUUGCAUGACUGAAGAUUUAGGUCCAUGUGAUAUUGCGGAUUGCAACGCCAAGUGUACGUCAAAACAUGCUGGUGGUGAAGGGCAUUGUGGCACCAGCUCCUCAAUAAUUUUCACAUGCAAAUGCCACUAUAACUGUACGGUUCCUCCUCCGCCGCCGUCAUUGCCGCUGCCACCACCAAAAAACAAAAUCUGCACUCUGGGGUUGGGUAAGUGCAGUGGAGCUUGCAACGAGAAAUGCUGUAAUGAAAAUUGUGCUGCUAGAUAUCCUGGACCUAUGGAAGGUUUAAAGGAGGCGACUCCACUACUUAAAUUGAGAAUAUAUCAGUUUGAGCGAAGAAAAGUAAUCUGCAGUUUACCUGUAUCAUUUACGAAGAUGUCAAAUGGAAGGUGA